AUGGCCGUUACACAACCAGUAUUGGCCAUGCUAUGGGCAAUUAUAUUAGCCCCUUUCAACUUUGUUCUAUUCCCGCUUGGAUCACUAUUUUGGGCAAUAUUGAAGCAUACUCUUCUCAUUCCCUGCCUUUUGAUAAUCCGCAUAGCUCUAUAUGGCACCGUUUACCUUCCAUUAACUUUGGUAUUUUCCCUAACUAAUGUCCAUUAUGAUUCAUCUUCGCCCGUGGAGGUUUCUCUUCUCAAGAUAUUGAGUUCCUCUUGGCCCCAUCUCGUCUUCUUAUUUGUCAAUCUCCUUCACUAUCUCAUAGUUUCUGUGUUUAUUGGGGUAAUUGUUGGAGUCAUUGCUGGCACCAACAUGUCCAUUGCAGGUUACCUUCUUACGUGGAAAAGUGAUUCGAAGCAUGUCAAGUCUAGCACAACUCAAACAACCCCUUUCUUCAACGCCAAGGCUGAACUUCCCUGGAACGCUCCUCUGACAUUUAUCAAACCAGAGCCGCAAAGCCCGCAAUUACCUAAUAUCGAGCUGCGACAUUCUGGAUAUCCACAAUUUGACUAUAGAAACUUGGCAGAACCUUCAGCAAUCGAUGAUACUCUGCUAGAAUCGUCGCUUGGUGAGAUGCAGAAAAUGAACAUGCGACAUUUUGUUCCAAUCAACGAGGAAAGUGAGCCCGAUGAAACUGUUGCGUUGAACGAAGAGGAUACACAGGCUGGCCUGAAUCCGGAGCAACAAACGUUUUCAUCUGUUCAAUCCUUGUUUAGUAAGGGUCAGAACGGUGGCACUUUUUCUACUGGAGUAUCUCACAAAGAAAACACACUGCAGCACAAGCGUAUAAGAACAAAGUGA